UUGUGUUUGAGUGAAAAUUACAGAUGUGCUCCAGAAACUUCUGCUGAAAAGCAGAGCAUAAAGGUAAAUACCCAAAAUGUCUAUUCUGAGGCAGAACCUUUCUUUGAGACAUUUCAACCCUGAAAUGGGGGUACUAAUUUUACAUCACAAUGAUAUCUAUCGAGCAUAUCUAUCGAGCAUAAGUUAACUUCCAUUCAAAUUUGCGAAAGAAAAUAAUAGAUUUACUUUCAGUGGUAAUAUGUUUUUGUUCAGCCAUUGUUUGGAUAUGCAUAAAAAGGCGCGAGCAAAAAGAGAGAGUAACUUCUCUUUUGGUUUCCAAAGAGGCCUGAAAUCACUGAGCUGAUUGAAGAUCGGAGCAACACAUUUUCAAGAUCAAUAUCUUUGUUGUAAAGACCGAACCAUGACAAUAAACGCAGGCAUUUUACUGCUUGUCCUUACCUGUUGCGCUACCUACGCCGUGGCAGCCGUCGUUCAAGAGGACAAGUGUUCGACGGAAAAGCCUUGCAUCAACGGAGGCGCUUGCGUUAAAGAAGGUUUUUACGUAUGCCUGUGCUCACAAAAUUUUACAGGGGACCUAUGCCAAACGAAAAAAGAAAAUAAAGACGUUGAAUCAGACACCCUAAACCGUCGACAGCUACUCAAACGUUUCCCAAAUGCAGAAUAUUGCGGUGCGAAUGUACCACCUCUCUUCAGAAGAAUUAUUAAUGGACAACAUACCCUUCAUCCUGCUAGCUGGCCCUGGCUAGUUUCAUUGAGAACCCCCCAAGGUCAUUUUUGCGGUGGCUCACUUAUCAGUCCCGAAUGGGUGGUUACAGCUGCUCACUGCUUUUUUGACCGCAUUACUCAUCAACCUUCAAUAGAUCAACGGAUGCUGCAGGUAGUUUUGGGUGCCAAGGGUACCAAUAUGCCUGGUAUGCACUUUGGAGUUGCCCAGAUAGUUAUACAUCCAGGGUACCGUCCAUUACCGAGUCCAAAUGACAUUGCCCUUCUAAGGCUCGCUGGCAGGGUAGCCAAUUUCCAAUUCCCGGCCGUCUGCUUGCCUCACCAAGGAACACCAAUCCCUACUGCUAAUUGCAUGGCUGCUGGUUGGGGACGUCAUAUACCUGGAAUUCAUCCGUUCCCGUUCACCCCAGCAGUUCUUCAACAUGCACCAAUGCCAAUUCAGCACGUAUUUAGAUGUGGUGGCGUCGGCUUGAUCAAUCCUCGCCUUCAGUUGUGUGCAGGAGGAACAGGAACUAGUACAUGCGAAGGCGACAGCGGCGGUCCUUUGAUUUGUCAAGACAAUGGAUACUGGGUCCUCCAAGGGAUCACCUCCUUUGGAGCCCCGUCGUGCAGUCCUCAUGAAUCCAGCGUGUACACUCGGGUCAAUUCUUUCGUAAACUGGAUCCAAGCAACCAUUGCAGGACCAAUGCCAGGACCAGGCGUGCCUCCCUUUAAUGUAUUUCCACUUCAUCCAAUUCAAGGUCGCUGAUCUGCCAAGGGAGCGCACAAGUUGUCCAUGGAGCAGCCUAUUUGUAGACGGUGGUGAUCAUUGUAUCGAG